AUGAGUGGCACCCCAACACUUGUCGUUCACAAGGACCAAUGCGAGCGCUGCCUUAAGCAGGACGUCUGCUGCCAAGGUCCUGAAGGUAUGGGCUGCCAGAACUGCAGGUUUGCACGCCAGGGCUGUAAGUAUGUCACACACAAAGGCAAAGGUCGUGCGAUGAAGCCGUUGCCACAGCCGAAGGCUCGCACUGCAUCUACCGCAGAGUUGAUGCCCAUUGCUGGACCUUCCAAAGAGGUCCUCAUCCACAGCGCGCGCAGUACCAUCGAGUUGUCUGAUGAAGAGGAUGCCAUGGAUGCUCGUCCGGCCAUCGGCAAGAAGAGAAGAGAGGUGGAGGCUCUAGCUUUAGGCGAUGUGGAGGAUGCGGAUGUGGAGGACUUGGAGAUAGAGGCGCUGACAUGCUCUGUCUACGUGCAAAUGGCCACUAUCCAGGCCAUGAUGGGUAAGGUUCUGAAUGAUGUAGACCUGCUCAACCUCUGCAACAAGAAGAGGUGCUGCCACGGUUAG